GUUUUGGCCACCAUCACUGCCUCACUCGACUCGAUUGGCUUCUUCUUGUUGUAUCCGACCAAAUCGUCUUCGGCGCAGAGACCUAUCGAUCUGGACUAGAUUAACCCUGCUCGAGCCUUUCAACUCUGCACGCCAUCAUCGCCUGGCUCUGCAACUUCCUGAACGACUGCAAGUCUAGAAGCGAAUCAACAUCGCUGGAACGUCCGCUUCGAGUCUACGCGUACGUUGACUUGCAAGUCAAACUAGUAUCGUGUUGAUUAAGCUUGUGCUCAACAGUGCUAUCGCAGACAAGGACGAGGCAGGCGCAAGCCUCUAGUUGCGGUCUCCCUCAUAUUCAACAUGGCAGCCUUGCCACCAGCUCAGCGGGCUUCAGCCCGCAGCCCUCAGCGGCAAACAGGCUUCAGGGUUCCCUCACCCAAUCACACAGAUUCGGAUAUGCUGGAUGCAGAGUCCGAGAAGGCUUCAGAGCAGGUGCGAGGCAGACCACAGCCGCUGGCAAUCCCAAGGCCCUCAGCACCCACCUCGAACAUGAAAGGCAGUAUGGAAGAGCCAGGCACUUCCCACACUUCCGAGAUCUCCACUCCUCCCGAUGGCGUGGGACUCGCUCUCGAUCGACGGGAGGUUGCUUCCAACGCGAAGAUCAGCAGCGAAUGGUCCGACAGAGUGCCAGUCACUGCUGCGCAGAGCGUUUCCUCUGCAAGCAGUCUCGAGCCAUCUUCUUGGACGCUGUCAGGCAGUCAGCAGCACUCCCGAACUUUCGGUGCUAUUUCCGGAGCGAAUGCGAACGGCGCCAAGAAUGGUCUGGGUGCUUCGAGCGACGGAAAGCAUAGACUGGCACCGUACCUAUCUACCUCUUUCCGGACCAGUGCUGAGCGGCGCGGCGGAGGCGCCGAGGAGGACGAGAUGGAAGUCGACGAAGGAGAUGACGUCUUUGGGUGGAGCGCUCGCUCUGGGGCCGGUCAGCAUGAUCGCGAUGAAAGACUUUCGUCAGCCCAGCUUGCUCGCGGGGAAUCGCAACAAUCAAUCGCGUCCGCCAGCGGAGGUACCAGCAGAAUUUCAGAGGGCGACGAUGCGGCAGGCGUAUUUAGCUUCAGCAGCCCUCACUUCGGGCCGCGCAGCCUGGAUGCAAAUCCGGAUGCUAUUGGCAGCCAUCGCUCCCCGCCGUCGCCACAGCUGGCAACGAGCUCGAGAGGUGAUCAGCGUCUCAUGUCGCCUGGCUGGGCCGCUACCAAUCUUGCUCGAAUGUCGCUCGGGGGUGCCAGUCAAGGAACGCCUGACCGUGUCUCUACCUCAUUCAUCGAAGCUCCCUAUGAAGCAUCCAUUGGACCCGCCCGCUCUGCGAGAUCCUCCGCAUUUUCGCCUCGACUUGCCCCGAACAACAUUCUCCCAGGUGGGGCCGUGUCUUUGAGCAGCAGCUUGACUCAUGGCCAUGGUCGAAAGUCAAGCACGGGCCGUCGACCGCCGCUCUCCUUCACUUCCACCUCUGGACCUGGCAUCAGCCAUAGCUUCUCGCAUGUCCAUGGUGUUUCCACACCGCCCUCGUCUGCCUCUGCCCAAACCUCGGCACGUGCACUGAGCGCGACUUAUGGCCGGUCUAGAUCACGCUCUCGCCAACGUCCGUCAUUCGGUCAUGGCGCAGAUCAACCUGGAAGUGAGCGUGCCGCCAGCGCCGCACCUUCCCGUGCGCUUGAAGAUGACGACGCUACGGAUGACGAGAUGUUCGAUUUGGACGACAACAACGAAGGCUACGGCGCUGCAAGCCAGGCGACGAUCCGGGGUCGCAGACCGGGCGACGCUCCAGAGGGUCCACCUGGCUUGCCGACCUUGUGGUCUCGACCUGAAUCACACACGCAGCGUGGCAUCUCCCCACAGAGACGACAUCCCGUAACAACCAUGAGCGCCUCUUACGAGAGGGCCGGGGCGCACAUGGCAGCUGGCGCUGGCUCAGGUGGCACAGCUCUUGCGAGGGGGUAUAGCAAUGACAGGCAUCACCCGGGCUAUCCGUCAGGCAGCUUCUCCCUGUCCAGACACCAUCCCUACGCGACCAGUCCUGGUCCCAGCUCCUUUGGCACAUCUCAUGGACAUUCCUCCGCUUAUCCGACCCAGCUUGCAAGCCCCGGACUGACGGGCAUCAGCAGACCUAGCCAGGUGCGAGGAUCCUCUGGCGCUGGAGCUCAUUACGCACCUAGCGUGAACAGCUACACAGCAAGCCCACAUCUGGCAGGGAACACGGCCCUCCCACCGCUCUACAAUUUCACGGAUGGCGACUCGCAUGCAGCGGCACAGCCUUUGGAUGCUGGUCAAAGGGCAGCACAUUCAGCCUCUUCUUCUAGGUCUGUGUUGUCUACGUCCGCAAGUUCACACGAAUCUGGAGCAAGCACUGGAAUGGGGACGAGCCCUGGAAUUGGUAUCGCAGCUCAAAGGAGUGCGCCUCGGAACGUGGCAGCGGCGGGACCACCGCGCGAUCCCUCCGAUGCCCAACACCUUGCAAAGGCGUCGCCUUCGACGAGACUGUCGACCAGUGCCGGAGCUGCGGCUGCUGGUGAGACGCCGGAGAUGGCUGAAGUCACAGCGAUCCGCGAACGACUUGGAGGCGCCGCCAAUUGCUCCGCGUUCAUCUCAAAGCUGUGGUAUCUGAUGUGCAGACCAGAGCUGUAUUCAGCUUAUCUCAGAUGGAGCGAAGCGGGCGAUUCGAUCAUACUCUUUUCCGAUCAAGACAUCGCCAAUGACUUCGCAAGCGACGUCUUGCCCCGACUCUUUAAGCACGGCAAUAACGCGAGCUUCGUGCGGCAACUGAAUCUGUACGGAUUCCAGCGCGUUCCGUCCUCUCGGCUCCUUGAUGGUGUGGAACACAAGGUGGCUAAGCGCCCAGGCGGGCUGAAAGGGGUCUCAAACAUCAGCACAGCACUGCAGUAUUACGGGCCACAUUCCUCCUUUUCACACCCUCGCUUUCUGAGGGACCGGGAGGAUCUGCUGACCAGCAUGAAGCCUCGCAGCAGCAAGAAGCCCAAGAAAAGCAAUGGCAGCAAUGCUUCUGCUGGUGGCGUUGGCGGGGACGACGAUGAAGAAUGAACUCUGGCCUGUCAUCCAGCUCCCUCGAGGCUCUGCUAUGCCCGUUUCGCUGCCCAGUGUUCCGUGCUCUUUGGGCUGCGCUCAGGAUGCCUCGAUUCCGAAGCUCCAUUCGAUUUCCUUCGUCUUUGCCUGGGUGUGUUAGUCCAUCUGCUCGUGUAUCCCGACCGGCGCGCAGCUUCCUCCUUUCGUUUUCUUGCACAACGUCAUUUCUUCCCCAUCAAAGUGGUCGCAUCCUGCAUCCCAAGCUACUCCUCCAAUUGUCUAUUCAACACGAAUGUAAAUGUAUAUCAUAGGCUGGCGCACGCACGAGCGCGUGCAACUCUUGUUUUGAAUCAGGAAUCAGACGAGACAAACCACCUCAGCCGAUUCGCGGACAUCC